GAUUUUCCAAUCGGAUCAUCAAACCCCCCCGACAUAUGGCAACUGCAGGUUCGGUUCUAUUUUUAUUCAAAUUUUCUAAAAUUCCCUACACACGAAGCCGGGCAGCUACAAGUUUCUGACUCUACUGUUUCACAACCCGGCCUUGCUCAUUGCGUUUGAAGAGUUCCAGACCGAGUUCCGAGUGCAGGCACACCCAUCCACCCAUCCCAUUCCCAUACCCCCAUACCCCGAAAAUGGGCAACGUGAUGGCGACUACGGGAGGCGGCGACUCGUCGCACGGGCGCGGCAAGGUGGCUGCCGGGCUGGGCGUGCCGGAGGCGCCACUCACCGCCGGCAUGCCGUCCCAGCUGGUGCAGGCGCUGGAGUCCGAGGCGCACAAGCUGGAGAACCCGGGCACCGUCGAGGAGCUGCACAGUCGGUGCCGCGACAUCCAGGCCAACACCUUUGAGGGCGCCAAGAUCAUGCUGAACAAGGGCCUCAGCAACCACUUCCAGGUGACCCACACCAUCAACAUGAACUCCUCGGCGCCGAGUGGCUACCGCUUCGGGGCCACCUACGUGGGCACCAAGCAGUACGGACCCAACGAGGCCUUCCCGGUGGUUAUGGGCGAGAUCGACCCGAUGGGCAACCUCACCGCGAACGUCAUCCACCAGCUGACCUCGCGCCUGCGCUGCAAGUUCGCCUCGCAGUUCCAGGACUCAAAGCUGGUCGCCACCCAGCUGACCGGCGACUACCGGGGCCGCGACUUCACCGUCUCGCUGACCAUGGGCAACCCGGGCAUCCUCACCGGCUCGGGGGUGAUUGUGGGCCAGUACCUGCAGUCCAUCACCCAGCGCCUGGCCCUGGGCACGGAGCUGGCCUACCAGUACGGCCCGAAUGUGCCCGGACGGCAGGUGGCCGUGCUGUCGGCGGUCGGACGCUACGCCGUCGGGGACUCCGUCUGGUCCUGCACCCUGGGGCCCGGCGGCUUCCAUCUGAGCUACUACCAGAAGGCCAGCGAGCAGCUGCAGAUCGGCGUCGAGGUGGAGACCAAUCUGCGCAUGCAGGAGUCCACGGCCACGGUGGCCUACCAGGUGGACCUGCCCAAGGCGGACCUCGUGUUCCGCGGCAGCCUCGACUCCAACUGGCACAUCGCCGGCGUCCUCGAGAAGCGCCUGCAGCCGCUGCCCUUCUCCCUGGCCAUCAGCGGGCGGAUGAACCAUCUGAAGAACAGCUUCCGGCUGGGCUGUGGCCUCAUGAUUGGUUAAGUGGCCCCGGCACGGGAUGACUUUGUUUUGUUUCUGUAGUUGUUUUGUUUCGAAAUUGAAAAUUGGAAUGUGCAACCAGGAGGAGGAAGCGGAGCCAGCACGAUUUUAUCAAAUUUACGAUAGAUUAUUUGACAGACGAUCGAGAACUGUCCCGAUUCCGAUUGCAUUCAUCCUUUUCCUCGUACUCUGUAGCACUGACUGCCUCCGAAUAAUCGAAUAUAAAUGCCCAAAUCCAAAGCAGUCUCAUUCGGUCGGGAAAAGAGAGUGCUGUGACUGCGACUUAAGGUCGAACUAUUGGACUAUUAAAUUUCUUGUUUCUUUGACUUUUUGUCAGAAUUGUGCCACUGUGUGCCCUUCGAACUGUAAACUGUAAGUUUCAAACUGGACAAAAUUCAAACCGUGUUCAUUUUUAAAUCACCAGUACAUGUAACUUCAUAUAUUCCUAAAAUAAUCCAUAAAACUCUUGUUCCGAAUUGUAAA